AUGAUGGGAGGAAGGUCAGAUGGACUUGAUCGCCACAAGGACUGGAGACUUGAUGUUGAUAAAAUGUCGUAUGAGGAAUUACUUGAGCUUGGUGAUAGAAUUGGAUACGUUAAUACCGGAUUGAGAGAAGAGGAGAUAAUAUGCUGUCUCAGGAAAACUAAGCUUUCCAUUUCGGGUGGUUUUCCAUUACAUUUCCCUACAGAAAUGGAGCGGAAGUGCAGCAUUUGUCAGGAGGAAUAUGACACAGAGGAUGACAUGGGCAAGCUCGAUUGUGGGCACUUGUAUCACAUCCAUUGCAUAAAGCAGUGGCUUGUGCAGAAAAAUACCUGCCCUGUCUGUAAAACCGCAGCCGUGACUCAAUGCUAG